AAAGCUCAGAAAUGAAUUCUAAAAAUUAUAAGCUUAUGCUGCAUUUUUACAAUGAGCCAGUGCUUGUCGUAAGCAUUCCAACGCUCACAGACGUCAAUUGCGCUCAUGCAUAUUCGAUCGUACUGCAAAUACUGUGGUUUUGCAAUUUGACUGUAGUUAGUUGAUCACCAGCGCCUGGCCGGUAUAGUGUUACGAGAAUCGGAAGACUUGAGUGAAGCAAAUUUACAUACAUAUGUACAUACAUAUGACUGAUUAAUGCAAAAACAUUGUAAGAAGUUUUGAUUAAAAAAUUAAUAAAAGCACGUAGAGUAUUGCAUUGGAGUGAGUAAUCUAAAACGUCCAGCUGUGGUAUUUUAAUUUAACGUGAGUCGUCGACACAGCACGUUGAAGGAGUAUUGAUACAGAAUUCCAGUCAAAUAGUAACAAAUACCAUUGGAGCAUGAUACUUCGUAUAUGAAACCAUAGAUUGAUCGAAAUAUCGUAAACAACUGUAACCAGCGUGAAACUUUGAAGCUUUCUACUAGAAUGUCAGCCAAAAACGGAAAAGUAAAUUUCGAAAAACGGAAAAAUGUUGUGGAAAACAAAAAAUUAAUUUUUAUUGUGAAGAGAUUUCCGCAGCUGUACGAUAGUGAGCACAAGGAUUAUCUACAGCAAAAGGCUACCGAUGAAGCCUGGAGGGCGGUAGCUGAAUCAUGGGGAAAAUCAGCGGCUAAAUGCAAGGAUCGUUUUCGUGAUCUGCGCGCCGCCUAUGCACGCUCCAUUAACGCCUAUAAGACUCAACGUGGCACAAAUCGUGGAAAACUCUGUUACUUAACUAAGGAAAUGGAGUUUCUUAGGCCAUAUAUACGAAAAGAAGCGGCCGCAUUUGUCGCAGAUAAUACCGUAGAGGUAGUAAGUGAUUCGGAAUCAGAUGCUUUGGAACCGUCAACCAGUAGAGCGAAUCACUCAACAGUUUGGGAAAAUGAGAAUCACAAGUGUGGCCACUUUAUUCAAAAUAUACAGCGACAAAUACAAAGCAUAAACCAGAGUCAGAAGAAAACAUUCCUAUUUGAUUCUCUCAAGAAAUUUGCGUUUGCGCUUGUAAUUGACACAAUGGAGGAACAGGAAUUGCGUGUUUUACAACAAAACUUACAAGAUCGACUAAAUCAAAGUGGUGACACACUAAAUACGACACAAGACGACGAAGUGCUUGUCAUAAAUUAACUUCUAUCACCGGAUUCAGAUCACCCAUUCAGUGGAUUUUCAUAAUAAAAUAUGAUUUUAAAUGUUGCCACUUGAUUUGUAAGAAAAUAAAAAAUAAUUUUAUGAUAUUUUCAUGGUACUCCGCAAA